ACAAGCAAGCAAGCAAACACUAUGGUUUUUUGGAUUAGUGGGUUGCGAAAUGACGUGCGCAUUGUUUUGACAGUUCAAAUAAAAGUUGACAAUUAAGGGUUAACAUGUGAUCGAAAAGAGUGAUUUUGGCUAUUCAAGCACCACGAAAAGUUGUUAAGACAAUAACUUUAUGCAAAAUGUUGGGCGAGGUGCAUCAUGACGUUACCAUAAUUUUAUACGAAUGAUUAAUAUUAAUUAAAUUAUAGCAAUGGAAUUAUACUCAGAGGGAGAAACCUCAAAACAAAAACAAGGAGAUAUAUUAAAGAAAAAUUAUAAUAUUUUAACACUAAAAUCUUUUAUGAAUGUAUUACUUGUUAUAACUAUUUUAUCAAUAAUAAUUUUUUUAGUUUAUUUAUGCAAAAAUUAUUUAAAAACAGUAUUAUUAUGGAUAGAGAAUCAAAAUCCUUUCACAGUUUUUAUAAUAUUCACUCUGUUAUUCGUGAUAGUGAGUUUUCCAAUCACCGUUGGAUAUUUAAUAUUGAUAAUCACUAGUGGUUACCUUUUUGGUAUUUUUAAUGGGCUGUUAAUAGUUGUUGUAUCAGCGAAUACUGGUGUAAUUGUCGCACAUAAUACAUUACGAUGGAUACAUAAACAUACUCCUGUUAGCCAGUUUGCGCAUAAUGAAACAGCUCGAGGAAUUCUGAGAGUUAUAUCAGGACCUCAAGCUUUUAAAGUGAUAUUGUUUGCAAGAUUGACUCCAAUACCUUUUGGUUUGCAGAAUCUCAUUUUUUCUAUCAGUAGUGUAAGUGCGAAACCUUUUUAUAUUGGCACAUUAUUAGGAUUAUUGCCAGCUCAAAUUAUUAAUGUUUAUUUAGGAUCUACUCUUAGAUCUAUGUAUGAAGUUCUUGCUAAUCAGCGAACUGCAUUUACUGGAUAUUGUAUAUUAGCAAUUCAGAUCAUUAUAGGCAUAUCUUUACUACUGUGGGUAGUGCACAAAGCUAGACAAGAAUUAUCAUUAGCGUUGCAAGAAGCAGAGGCACUGCAAGGUGUUUGUAUAGAAUGUUAGAGCAACAUUAUUUCAAUGACUAGCAAUAAGAUAUACCUUGAGAGAAUUAUUUUAUUACCUUACAUUUUGAUAUUACUCUUUAUAGCAUAAUAAAUAUUCUAUAUUAUGAAAUUUUGA